AUGGGAUCCGUCGGAGAGCUCCCUAAGACCUACAAGGCCGCGAUCUACGACCAGCCUGGCAAGAUCUCGACCAAGGUCGUAGACCUCGAUAUGCCCGAGCCAGGCGCCGGCGAGGUCCUUGUCAAGCUUUCGCAUUCUGGUGUUUGCCAUUCUGACCUUGGUAUUAUGACCAACACCUGGAAAGCACUGCCACACCCUACCCAACCCGGUCAAGUCGGCGGUCACGAAGGCAUUGGCAAGGUCGUCAAGCUUGGUCCUGGUGCCGAGAACUCUUCUGUCAAGGUUGGCGAUCGCGUGGGCAUCAAGUGGAUCUCUGCCAUCUGUGGUUCUUGCCCGGCUUGCCUGUCUGGUCAUGAUGGUGUGUGCUUCAACCAGAAGGUGUCUGGAUACUACACUCCCGGCACAUUUCAGCAAUAUACUGUCGGACCUGCAAACUAUGUGACGCCAAUCCCAGACUCGCUUCCUUCAGACGCCGCUGCUCCUAUGCUCUGUGCUGGUGUCACAGUCUACUCUGCUCUCCGCAAGUCUGGUGCAAAGUCUGGCGAAUGGGUCGUGCUACUCGGUGCUGGUGGCGGACUAGGGCAUCUUGCUACGCAGAUUGCGUCUCGUGGUAUGGGCAUGCGUGUCAUUGGUAUCGAUCAUGGUAGUAAGGAGGAUAUUGCGAAAGAGUCGGGUGCUGAGAUCUUUAUCGAUCACACAAAGGGCAAUGCUGAUGAGGAGGUGAAGAAGGCAACGGGUGGACUAGGUGCUCAGGCUGUACUUGUCUUGACUGCCGCGAAUGCAGCUUAUGCGAGCGGUAUGGGUAUGCUCAAAUUUGGUGGCACUCUUGUAUGUGUUGGUUUGCCAGAAGGUGACCUUCAGCCUAUUGCUACCGCCUUCCCGCAAGUCAUGGUUGCGAAGGCUCAGAGGAUUGUGGGUGUUGCAGUCGGUGAUCGUCGGGAAGCUAUCGAGACAUUGGCAAUGGCUGAGCGUGGUGUCGUGAAAACGCACUUCAAGACGAUCAAGAUGGAUGGUUUGACGGAGACAUUCGAGCAGAUGCAUCGUGGUGAGCUCAAGGGACGAGUUGUGCUUGAUCUUGAGUAG